AUGAGUGCCGACAAGAACGUUGACGUCCUCGUCAUUGGCAUGGGACCUACUGGUCUCGGUGCUGCCAAGCGUCUCAACCACAUCAACGGCCCCUCAUGGCUCAUCCUUGACUCUGCCGACAAGGCUGGUGGUCUUGCCGGAACUGACACCACCGACGAGGGCUUCCUUUACGAUGUCGGUGGCCACGUCAUCUUCUCCCACUACAAAUACUUCGACGACUGCCUCGACGAGGCUCUCCCCAAGGAAGACGACUGGUUCACCCACGAGCGUAUCUCUUACGUCCGCUACAAGGGCCUCUGGGUGCCUUACCCCUUCCAGAACAACAUCUCCAUGCUCCCCAAGGAGGACCAGGUCAAGUGCAUGGACGGUCUCAUCGACGCCGCCCUCACGGCCCGCGUCGCCAACGACAAGCCCAAGGACUUUGACGAGUGGAUCCUGCGCAUGACUGGAGAGGGCAUCGCCAACAUCUUCAUGCGUCCUUACAACUACAAGGUCUGGGCCGUUCCCACCACCAAGAUGCAGUGUCAGUGGCUCGGUGAGCGUGUCGCCGCCCCCGAUGUCAAGACGGUCGCCAAGAACGUCAUCCUGCAGAAGACUGCCGGUAACUGGGGCCCCAACGCCACCUUCCGCUUCCCUGCCCGUGACGGUACCGGCGGUAUCUGGACCGCCGUUGCCAACACCCUCCCCAAGGAGAAGAAGAUCUUUGGCAAGGCCGGUACCGUCACCAAGGUCGAUGCCGAGGCCAAGAAAGUUCACCUCGCCGACGGCACCACCAUCGGCUACGGCACCCUCAUCUCCACCAUGAAUGUCGACCAGCUGGUUGAGAAGAUGGGCAACCAGGAGCUCAUCAACCUGUCCAAGGGUCUCUACUUCUCGUCGACCCACGUCAUCGGUGUCGGUAUCCGCGGCGCCCGCCCCGACCGCAUCGGCGACAAGUGCUGGCUGUACUUCCCCGAGGACAACUGCCCCUUCUACCGCGCCACCAUCUUCUCCAACUACUCCCCCUACAACCAGCCCCAGAAGGACGUCAAGCUGCCCACCCUGUACAAGGCCGACGGCAGCAAGGCCGACUCGGCCGAGGCCCAGGAGGGUCCCUACUGGUCCAUCAUGCUCGAGGUCUCGCAGUCGGGCAUGAAGCCCGUCGACGAGGAGAACCUCCUCAGGGACUCCAUCCAGGGUCUCAUCAACACCGAGAUGCUCAAGCCCGAGGACGAGAUCGUCUCCACCUACACCCGCAAGUUCUACCACGGCUACCCCACCCCCUCGCUGGAGCGUGAGGGCGUCCUCAAGGACCUCCUGCCUAAGCUCCAGGACCUCGGCAUCUACUCGCGCGGCCGCUUCGGCAGCUGGCGCUACGAGGUCGGCAACCAGGACCACUCGUUCAUGCUCGGUGUCGAGGCCGUCGACGCCAUCACCCAGGGCGCCGUCGAGCUCACCCUCAACUACCCCGACUUUGUCAACUCCCGCAAGAACACCGAGAGGCGUCUGGCCCAGAAGUCGAUUGCCUCGCACCCCAAGGCCUAG